CACGGAAACCUCGCUGCGGCUUUCCGGGAGCUGUGGGCACGCGGGCUGCUCGGAGCCGGUGGCCCGGGGGUCGUCGCUGCGCAGUCUGGCCGCGGCCGGCCGCUUCCCCGAGCUCACCGGUAAGCCGGUCCGCCUCUGGGACGCGCGCCCCUCCCGCCUCGGGCUCGCGCGCUCGGAAGGGGCGCGUCCCGCGCUCUCCCGGCACCGCCCACUCCCCUCCCCACGGCCGCUCCUCCCUCCGCCCGGAUAGCCGGCGGCGGCGGCGGCUGCGGCGGCGGCCGGGAGAGGCCCCUCCUUCAAGCCCUGCUUCUCUCCCUCGCUCGCAGUCGAGCCGAGCCGGCGGACCCGCCUGGGCUCCGACCCUGCCCAGGCCAUGGCCGGCAACGUGAAGAAGAGCUCUGGGGCCGGGGGCGGCGGCGGCUCCGGGGGCUCGGGCUCGGGUGGCCUGAUUGGGCUCAUGAAGGACGCCUUCCAGCCGCACCACCACCACCACCACCACCACCUCAGCCCCCACCCGCCGGGGACCGUGGACAAGAAGAUGGUGGAGAAGUGCUGGAAGCUCAUGGACAAGGUGGUGCGGUUGUGUCAGAACCCAAAGCUGGCGCUAAAGAAUAGCCCACCUUAUAUCUUAGACCUGCUGCCAGAUACCUACCAGCAUCUCCGUACUAUCUUGUCAAGAUAUGAGGGGAAGAUGGAGACACUUGGAGAAAAUGAGUAUUUUAGGGUAUUCAUGGAGAAUUUGAUGAAGAAAACUAAGCAAACCAUAAGCCUCUUCAAGGAGGGAAAAGAAAGAAUGUAUGAGGAGAAUUCUCAGCCUAGGCGAAACCUAACCAAACUGUCCCUCAUCUUCAGCCACAUGCUGGCAGAGCUAAAAGGAAUCUUUCCAAGUGGACUCUUUCAAGGAGACACGUUUCGGAUUACUAAAGCAGAUGCUGCAGAAUUUUGGAGAAAAGCUUUUGGGGAAAAGACAAUAGUCCCUUGGAAGAGCUUUCGACAGGCUCUACAUGAAGUGCAUCCCAUCAGUUCUGGGCUGGAGGCCAUGGCUCUGAAAUCCACUAUUGAUCUGACCUGCAAUGAUUAUAUUUCAGUUUUUGAAUUUGACAUCUUUACCCGACUCUUUCAGCCCUGGUCCUCUUUGCUCAGGAAUUGGAACAGCCUUGCUGUAACUCAUCCUGGCUACAUGGCUUUUUUGACGUAUGACGAAGUGAAAGCUCGGCUCCAGAAAUUCAUUCACAAACCUGGCAGUUACAUCUUCCGGCUGAGCUGUACUCGUCUGGGUCAGUGGGCUAUUGGGUAUGUUACUGCUGAUGGGAACAUUCUCCAGACAAUCCCUCACAAUAAACCUCUCUUCCAAGCACUGAUUGAUGGCUUCAGGGAAGGCUUCUAUUUGUUUCCUGAUGGACGAAAUCAGAAUCCUGAUCUGACUGGCUUAUGUGAACCAACUCCCCAAGACCAUAUCAAAGUGACCCAGGAACAAUAUGAAUUAUACUGUGAGAUGGGCUCCACAUUCCAGCUGUGUAAAAUAUGUGCUGAAAAUGAUAAGGAUGUAAAGAUUGAGCCCUGUGGACACCUCAUGUGCACAUCCUGUCUUACAUCCUGGCAGGAAUCAGAAGGUCAGGGCUGUCCUUUCUGCCGAUGUGAAAUUAAAGGUACUGAACCCAUCGUGGUAGAUCCAUUUGAUCCUAGAGGGAGUGGCAGCCUGUUGAGGCAAGGAGCAGAGGGAGCUCCCUCCCCAAAUUAUGAUGAUGAUGAUGAUGAACGAGCUGAUGAUACUCUCUUCAUGAUGAAGGAAUUGGCUGGUGCCAAGGUGGAACGGCCGCCUUCUCCAUUCUCCAUGGCCCCACAAGCUUCCCUUCCCCCAGUGCCACCACGACUUGACCUUCUGCCGCAGCGAGUAUGUGUUCCCUCAAGUGCUUCUGCUCUUGGAACUGCUUCUAAGGCUGCUUCUGGCUCCCUUCAUAAAGACAAACCAUUGCCAGUACCUCCCACACUUCGAGAUCUUCCACCACCACCGCCUCCAGACCGGCCAUAUUCUGUUGGAACAGAAUCCCGACCUCAGAGACGCCCCUUGCCUUGUACACCAGGCGAUUGUCCAUCCAGAGACAAACUGCCACCUGUCCCCUCUAGCCGCCUUGGAGACUCAUGGCUGCCCCGGCCGAUCCCCAAAGUACCAGUAUCUGCCCCAAGUUCCAGUGAUCCCUGGACAGGAAGAGAAUUAACCAACCGGCACUCACUUCCGUUUUCAUUGCCCUCACAAAUGGAGCCCAGACCAGAUGUGCCUAGGCUCGGAAGCACGUUCAGUCUGGAUACCUCCAUGAGUAUGAAUAGCAGCCCAUUAGUAGGUCCAGAGUGUGACCACCCCAAAAUCAAACCUUCCUCAUCUGCCAAUGCCAUUUAUUCUCUGGCUGCCAGACCUCUUCCUGUGCCAAAACUGCCACCUGGGGAGCAGUGUGAGGGUGAAGAGGACACAGAGUACAUGACUCCCUCCUCCAGGCCUCUACGGCCUUUGGAUACAUCCCAGAGUUCACGAGCAUGUGAUUGCGACCAGCAGAUUGAUACCUGUACGUAUGAAGCAAUGUAUAAUAUUCAGUCCCAGGCGCCAUCUGUCACCGAGAGCAGCACCUUUGGUGAAGGGAGUUUGGCUGCAGCCCAUGCCAACACUGGCCCCGAGGAGCCAGAAAAUGAGGAUGAUGGGUAUGAUGUCCCUAAGCCACCUGUGCCAGCCGUGCUGGCCCGCCGGACUCUGUCAGAUAUCUCUAAUGCCAGCUCCUCCUUUGGCUGGUUGUCUCUGGAUGGUGAUCCCACAACAAAUGUCACUGAAGGUUCCCAAGUUCCUGAAAGACCUCCUAAACCAUUCCCUCGGAGAAUCAACUCUGAACGGAAAGCUGGCAGUUGGCAGCAAGGUAGUGGUGCUGCCGCCUCUGCUGCCACCGCCUCGCCUCAGCUCUCCAGUGAGAUCGAGAACCUCAUGAGUCAGGGGUACUCGUACCAGGACAUCCAGAAAGCUUUGGUCAUUGCCCAGAACAACAUCGAGAUGGCCAAAAACAUCCUCCGGGAAUUUGUUUCCAUUUCUUCUCCUGCCCAUGUAGCUACCUAGCACACCACCUCCCUGUUGCAGGUUUAGAGGACCAGUGAGUUGGGAGUUAUUACUGAAGUAGCACCUAGAAGGGCAGGAGUUCCUUUGGUGACUUCACAGUGAAGUCUUGCCCUCUCUGUGGGGUAUCACAUCAGUGGUUCCAAGAUUUCAAAGCAGUGAAAUGAAAAUGGAGCAGCUAGUAUGUUUUAUUAUUUUAUGGGUCUUGAGAGUGCAUUUGAAGGUGUCCUUCAGUUCCCACAUAAAGAGAGUGUGGAUUUUAUUACAUGAUAACCUACCUGGGGAACAGUCCAGAAAGCUGUAGAACAAAUAUUUUGCUGGAAAUCCUAAUUGAGGACUUAAGACUUCCUGGGUUAAGGAUGUGGCCGUGUGUGUGUGUCUGUCUGCCUGUGGUUGUGUGUAUCCUUGUGAUUAUAAGAUUAACCUGCUGUGUGUGUUAAUUCCAGGCAGGGAAUUAGCACAAAAGGUUUAGGAAGGAAUCUUUUUUAAAGACUUCCAUCUACUGUGGUAUUAUACCCAAGCCUAGUGUGUAUUACAACUUCAACACUCCCCUUUGGCUUAUAUCACCAUGUGCAUAGCUAAAGUCUUCUAUUUUUAGAACGCCCUCAGUCUGUUCUUUCCUCAUCAACUCCUUCCUCAUCCUUCUUGGUGUUCUGUCAUUGGCCGUGGGCUUGUUAUGACCAGCCUUACUGAGGCCAAGCAGCUUAUGGGUUGUUCUUUAUUGUGUGUGAUGGUAUUGGUUUGUUUGGUAGAUAAGUGGGAGGAAAAGUACUGUUGCUACACUAUUAUAGUCAUAUUUGAUACUAGCAGCUAACACUGGUCACUCCAAAGCACUGUUUCUAUACGAACAUUGAAUCUAUUAAGAUGUUUUGAUUAUCCUAAUUACAUAAUGACAGAUUUGAGAUAGAGGCCUUUAAAUACAUUCCAUGCCCUCCCCAGAAAAUAGUCUGUGGGAGUCAGUUGCCUUGGUGCCAGGUAUGUGUUCUGAUGUAGGUCAUGAGUCUUUCUACUUAAUGGGAAGGGAAGAACAUUUGUUUCCAGGAUGACUUUCUGGCCAGAGUACCAUAAAGCUUUUAGGAAGCUUCGUUCACAUGCUAUUUUAAAUGCACAAAAUAGACAGUAAGGAUUUAUCUGUUCAGUUUUUCUUCCCAGUGAAUUAAUUUCAGCUUAUAUGGGUGUCUUCAUUUGAACAUGAGGAAUAUUAGGUUAGAUUUUCAGCAGUGAUUUUUUCCUUUGCCCUUUAAGGAGUGGGGAUAAUGCCCAUGGUGGCCCAGCCUCUUGCAGAUAGCACCUUCCCUGCAUUGCUGCCUCCCGAUGAUGUCGUUUCUUUCUUGUGCCUGUGGCUUUGGGAAUGUAACAUCUCUUUCCUCCUUUCCUUCCCUUUUCCUCUUCACCUGAGGUCCUCAGUACUCUCUGUAAUUACUGUAUUCUUCACAGUAAUUAGACAUCAUUCAGUGAAUAAAUUACUGUAGUCAAAGACAAUAUGGGCUGGCAGUUUGUGUAAUCGCAGGUUCAUAAAGAAGAUUGAGAGUCCAGUUUGGAGAACCAUUAGUCAGUUCCUUUAUAUGCUGAUAAAUGAUCCCUCGAGUUCAGUUAGUAUUCUGUCCAGAGUGUUUUGCUGACUUUCUUAGCAGUGUGUAACCUUUCUCCACGUCAGAAGCAAGCCUGCUCUUUGAUAAAUAUGUCUUCCUGAAAAUCUAAAUCAUGCUUUUGUCUUUAGAUCUAGACAGAAAUGACCCUCCUUGGAUGAGUCUUUUUUCUAGUCUUACCAUCUUUGGAACUAAAACUUGUUCUAACUCGUCUCUUGGCAUUCAGCUACUCCUGAAUCUUUUGGUUUUAUCCUCUGGCCUCAGAGCCAUUUAUGUUCCCAGAGUAGGCAGUACAGGACCUUGUGUUGAUUUGCUGUGGCUACCCAGUAUCUUCUCUACAUGGCAUAAAGCGGCACAACCCACCAUUAGGUGAGGUGGUCCUGAAUUGAGGUGGAGUGGGGCAGAGGAAAAUGGCAGUGAAUAUCGAACAGUAGACUGCCAUCAACUUCUAACAGCCAGUAUGUAUACUGUUUCAUUUUGAGGUAACGUUCAGUUUUGCAUUUUGUUUAAAUAUUGAAGGCCUAGACAAAUAACUAGAAAAAAAACGGCAGCAGAUUCCAGGCCCGUCCAUAUUGUGAUUUUUCUUUAUCUGCAGAUACUGCCCAUAGUCUAAAGAUCGCUUCAGAAGACAAAGCACUGGCUAUGUAUCUUUUGCCUUUUCCAUGCAUCUAAAUCUUCUCUGGAAAUUAUUGUCCCUACUGUGUAGGCUCAGGGCAGUCUCGACUUUUCCUUUUUUGAGUCCUGUGUGGCUCUUUGAAUCAGCGUGAAACUGAGGCUCCAGCUCCGUGUGUUGUGCCUGUGUCCCAUCGAUGGGCUGGGGUGUUAGUUGGUCACAGGUAUCUGCCAGCAUUCAAGGUUUUGGAUCAUUUCGUGAGGAUCUUUCCUUUGACUGGGUGCUCUAAGGACACACCUGGGUCUGUGCCUGAGAUUGCCAGGUAAGAUUAAGGAAAGUUUUCAUGUGGCUUUUGUUUUGAGAUUAUUGUCAAAAGCUUAAUUUCUUAUAUUUUCUGUUGACUAAGGCACCAGUAACCCAUUCUUCACCCUCCAUUUGUAUGGAAAUGUAAAUUUCUUUGGCUUUGCUCUGAAUUUAAUUAAAACUGCCUUUUACGAACAGACUUCGAGUUUUGCCAUUUUUGGCAAGCUCUUCCCCUUGUCCCUUCCUAGUGGCUGAUAAAGUGAAAAAACCCACAACACUUUGUUCUCCUUUUUCUCGUAUUCAUUGGGCUGUUGUAUUCAGCCCAGUUUCAUGCUUUCCCUGUGUCUUCACGGGUUGCUUUCCAAGCUGCCUUGUUGCUGGGUUACUGGUCUGCAGCAACCACAACUGGACCUUUGCAGCUGCCCCCAUGUUCCUUCCACUAAAGUAGAGGGUUCUUUAAAUGGAAAAACCUAUGGGCUCUUAAUAUACCUCCCUUUAGUUCAUAUGCCAGGCAGCUUCUCAUCUCAGCAUUUACCUGUUAAUAUUUUUGUGAAUAGUGCUCUGUACCUGUGGGUGGCCGCUCUCUUCCACUUGUCCUCCCCCCAGCCCCAGUCUCCAUAAUCUGCCAUUCUACAGACCCUCAUUACCGGGGCCCAAGAUGUGGGAUAGUACUGUUAGUAUUAUUUAGCUAUCUUGUAGAUUUAAAAGAUUUCUGGUUAAGGGAGGUGGGUGGGGGUCACUGUUCAUUACUCUUAAAAUAUGUGUUUAUAGAAAAGUAAAAUGUGUUUAUGGUCCUAAACAGUCAAGUCACAAAUUUUUAUAACAAAACUUCCUUGUAAAAACUAGGGACCACCUAUAUAUUCCCUUUAAGAUCUAGUUCUUUUUGUAGGUGUUCAGCAAUGGUGAUAAAGCAGAAUAUUCUCCUACCUCACAUCUUGAAAAUCAGAAGAUUAUAGGCCUUCUCAAACUAUAAGUCCCUCUUCUUGCCAUUGGCCUUUCUGACUCUGGAAUGACCACUGUUCGUUGAAAAAUAGUUUUCUGACUAUUGGCCUGGCUGUAACAGUUUGUUCAUCCAGCAAAUGUUUGAGUGAUGACCAUGUGCCAGAAAUGUCAGGCAUUUGUCCUUCUCUUGGUACCACAUAGUAGUUUACUGAUGUUUGAGGGAUUGUACUUGGACUGUCAUAGCCUCUGCAUUUGACCUUAAAAUAGCUCUUCCCAGUAAGAUUGUGCAAUUUUUAUUCACAGCUCUUUCAUGUAGACUUACCUUUCCUUAUAGAGCUGUCCUGAUUAAUAGCAGGGCAAGAUUCUCCCAUUAUCCCUUGUUGUCUCCUAUAGCUUUGAUAAUGCCUGGGAGAUUCCUUGAUGUAAGUCUCAUGGAUAGCGACUGUUUUUAUGUUGGAAUUUGUUCCAACAUAAUUAGAAUCUGUUUGGCAAGUUGAAAGGUAAGUUGGCUCAGAGUUGCACAGUAGGGCGUUAAAUGUUUAAGCAAAGCAUCUGUCCGCACUGCCCUUUCCAAUCUAGUGCCUUCCUUGAACUUUUUCCUGAGCUGCUAUGUCCCUAAUCUCCCUUGUUGGGAGGAUUUUCAUGUCACCCUUCUGGGACCUGUCACCAUGUCCUGUACUAUUUGGAAUUGGUUUUCCAGUCUUUCAACAACCUUUGCAGCUAACUCUAUGUUUUAGAAGGGCUGGAGGUGUGGGCGCUAUCUUUGGGUCUCAGGACCCAAAGAUCCUUGAGUCAGUUUGGUCUUCCAAGAGCCAGACAUUAAUACAGAUUGAACUCCAUCAGUCCCCUAAUUGUCAGCCUUUACCUCCUUCUCAGAGCAAGGAGUUUAGGGAUUCUAAAGCUUAGUGUCCACACAUCAUUCUGCCAGACCUUAGAGCUUUAGAAGCUCAAUCUAAAGUACUCUAACUCAGCAUAUACUAUUACUGUCACUCUCUUGAACUCAGUCUCCAUGAGCAGUCUUUUGUUAGAAAUACGUAGAACUGCUUAAUGCCUAGAGGGUGGUGGAUAGUGAAGGACGGUCAAGGUUGUAUUUUUGACUGCUUAGGGAUCCUUUGGAUACAAGAAACAGAAAUGUUCAAGCGGAAGAAAGGAGGGACUCAUGGUAAGGAUGCAGGGUAUUUCGCAGAACCCAGGAUGGGAAGUGCCUUUGGUUCUCGGGUGGAGCUGGAACUGCAGAGCUUUGCACCUAGUCCUUUCUCCCGCUUCCCUGUCUGGUUAUGGUAUGCGUGACCCCCAAAUAGGCACUCCAGUCCUCAAGUCCACACCACCUUCCAACUCUGCGGAUCACCAUGAACAAAUUCUCAAUUUCCCAUACUACUUUUUUUUUUUUCUUUUUUUUGAGAAGGAGUCUUGCUGUGUCACCUAGGCUGGAGUGCAGUGGUGCAGUCUCAACUCACUGCAACCUCCUCCACCUCCCAAGUUCAAGCAGUUUUCUGCCUCAACCUCCCAAGUAGCUGGGAUUACAGGUGCCUGCCACCAUGCCUGGCUAAUUUUCAUAUUUUUAGUAGAGAUGGGGUUUCACCAUCUUGACUGGGCUGGUCUUGAACUCCUGACCUCAUGAUCCAUCUGCCUUGGCCUCCCAGAGUGCUGAGAUGACAGGCGUGAACCACCGCUCUCGGCCAAUACUUCAUAUUCUUAAGAAAAACUACACUCAGCCUGGCACAUUGAUCAAGUAUCUAUCCUUGAGCAGUUGGCCUUGCCAGGGAGAGCAGAGAUGUGGCAGACUCCUUCAGCUGGAGACAGGGAGCUUCUCAGAGAAGUGAGCAGAGACUCCACAGACGCCCUAAAAAGGCUUCUACUCAAGGAGUAAAGCCUCUACUCCCGCCUUUUUGCUAGUGGAAAGGAAGGCAUGGGAGUUUUUCUGGGACAUCAUAGAAAUUCUUAGGUUUAACUUAAUUCUGGUCAUUGUCAUCUUUAUUUCCUGUUUUUCUUCCCUUUGUCAGUCUUGGCAUCCAAGAUUUCUUACCUCCCUCUUGUGGGCCAGCCUGUCCUGUUCCAGAGCUAGCCUGUUCCUGGGUAGCCUUCCUUAGCCUCCAUUCAGCCUCAGGUCUUUUGCCUUCUUCCGUGUUAUUUAGAAAGCAGAAUCUAAUAACGGGUGCCACUGUAGCCACUAUCCAUGGACUUCUGGGUCCUCUUCAGGUUUGAGUGCUUGGAAAUGUUCAUUCUCUGGGCUUGUGGCCUAUCUCCUCCACUCUCCUCCUUACCCUCUCGCUCCUUCCUGUGUGAGGGCCGCUCUGCAGUACUGUUCUCAGGCAAGCCUUCCUAGGCACCUCAGAAACUACUUUCCAGAGCCAGUAAGAAUAUAUAAUAUUGGAGCAGUUGCCAGGAUAGAAAUUAAAUAUAGAUUCCGGUUUAGGAUAGAGUUUUUACUGAGAGCUCUUUAGACAGUAUACCUGUGUCUUCUCUGGCAAUUGCUUUCAUUUUAGUCCUAUAUAAAAGCUUUCCUUUUCUUUUUUUUUGUUUAACUAUGCUUUUGCUUGCCUGAAUCUUUUGUCCUGAGUUGUAAGGUACUUCAUACUGCCUUACUUAAAGGUUUAUUAAACUACUAGAGUCAUUUGAUACACACAGAAGUUACCUGAUAAUCCAAAGAUGUCCAUCAAGGGAGGAAGGAUGGGUCAUCAGACUUUGCAUUUGAUGUUGUAGUCUAGGCUCCUGGGUUAAGCAGCAGAGGGACAGCAGUGCCAUGUGCCUUCACCGUGUCCCAGGAAAUCUGGGUUGGUUCCCGUGGGAAAUACCAGUGUUUCUUGGUUCUGAAAAGUAGCAAAAGAGUAAGAGAUGGGGAAGUAGGGAUGGGGAGAGCAAGCCCUGCACGUCCGUGGUGAGUCCGGUGGGGAGCACAGGUGGAAGGGCUGGCUGUUGACAGACUAAGCCGUGUGGCGCUCUUGCCGCCCCUUCCUGGGUACAGAGCUUGAGAAAAAUGCAGCCAACCACUGCCUGUGUUUGUAUAGAGCAGAGCCCAAAAGCCAACCUCAGAUCUCCUGAUUUGGCAGCUGAAGAAAUCAGCAGAGUCCUGAUUGCCUGAUUCAGUUCCAAAAAUGAAUGUCAGGCCUCUCCCGGCCCCCCCAGCAUUGCCUCUCCUACAUUCUCCUUCUACCCUCACAUCAGACAGGCGGCCAGAGAGGAGUAUUGCUCAAUGCAUGCUACGUGCAACUCCUCAGGCCUUGCGCCACCUUCAUGCUGAGCCCUGAAACAGGGUGUCCUGGUUGCCUGUGUGUCAGCUCCCUCCUCUCUACCUACCUCUGACCUUGUUGUGGGUGAGGGUAGCCAUGCUUAUGGCCGUCUUAAAACUGGAGAGGCGGAGAACUACUUAGGAGUCUGUAGACCACGUGUCUUCCAUGGCCUCUUUUCUCCUGCUGUCUGGGUGAGCCUGCAACGCAAUGCCCACGAGAGUAAAUGCCUCCUGACCUACCCUGCUCAGCACUGUUCUAGUGUCUUGGCCUUGAAAGAAGAGCCUGACUUCCUGCUGAAACAUGUGGUAGUGGCAUGGCAGCUAUGAGGCACCUCCUACAUCUGUUUUCUGGCUGUAGUGACUUGGGAUUUUUAACCUUAUAUAUCUUUUUCCUUUACUCAAAACAAAACAAUUUUUAGCACACUGAAAAAAAAAAAAAAAAAAAGCCAAAUAUUUUGUGCCUUUCUAAGGCAGCACUGUAUCCCAGGCUGCAUUUUAGGACUUAAUAUGGAAAUACCAGAGUCUGAGCUCCUCUACCUUGAGUUUCAUUAGUCCUUAGUGUCUAGGAGACAGGAAAGAAUGCUCUCUGUGACUGGAGAGGUGACAGGCAGGUGCAGUGUGUCCGGAGUCCCUUUCCCCUGCCGUGAGACUUCAGUGGAGGAGAGCAGCAUUGUACCCUGGGAUCAUUUGGUUGGUUCCAAUCACAAGCUUAGUUAUCAGGUUGCAUGCCUUGUCUUCUGCAAGAGACAGAACGUUCCACAAUUCCCAGGUGAACUCUGGACCAUUCCAAGUGUCCUAGCCUCCUGAUGACAUUAAUUGCCCAGUUGUGUGGAGGAGUGUAGGAUGGACUCUCCUGAGAAGGGGAGGUUGGUGGUUUUGUCUUUUCUUUUUGCUGGAUCCUGAACUGGUCUAGACCUCCUGUCCCCACCACCCGCCCCCAUCAGAUGUGGCUGGCCUUUCAUUUGAAGGCUUCAGACUUAAAGCAUUAAGCAGCUAGUGCCCUCUACAGGGCCUGGUUUCCCCAGGGAAGGGCAGCAAGGAACACGGACCAGAAGCCUGUCCUCAGUAAUGUGACUAUAGUGAGCUUUAGCAAAAGUUUUUCUAUAUAAUGACAUUUUACUUAUCUCUUACCCUUUCCUCAGUUUUCCCUUGCCUUUAACGAAUAAAGAAUUGGGAGAUAGAAAUUUUAAAGUCCUCCUUAUUCAAGAUUUUGAAAUUCUUAGCCUGGGGGUGCUGGAGAGAACCUGAUGCUUUCUCCAGAAUGAAGAGUCCCAAUUUGUAUAUCAGUGUUAAGAAGAAAACAAACACAUAGAUAAGAUUUUCGUGGACUAUUUUAAAAAUGUGUCAUUAAUAUAAAAAAAUUUAUAUUAGCAGUAUUUAAUCAUUCUCACCUGUAAAGAAUAAGAAAAACAGAAGGUAAAUAUUCUUACAGAGAAUAGCAGAGCUUUAAGAUUCAUUUUAAGUCCAUUUUAUUUUGCCAGUGUAUUAAUGUUUAGAAGUCUGUUAUACUAAUGUUAUUUAUUAAUUUUUUUCAUUUCCAUACACAGUUAACUAAAGAGCUUUUUCAAGCACCCAUGUCUGUAAAAAAAAUAUUUUUAAAUAAAGUUUCUUUUGUUGUAGC